CUUAAGAAGCUAGCUGCCCUGAAAUUCUGAAAAUCUCCCGUACCAUGUUUCUCAAUCCGCUUACGGCUUACACGCCACGUAUCUUGAGGCCCUCAAGUUGAGGGGCUAGGCCCACAUAUAGAUCAGGCGCUCAGGAGUCAGGAGGCUCCAAGCCUCCAACGAGGGGACUCCGGUGCACGCGACAUCGAGGGAUGCUCCUCGUUGCGUCAACCGCAGCUUCCCGUCCGCUCCCACUCCUCGCCAGAAGCGGAGGCCGAGGAGCUCCUCCUUGUAUCCGCACGGCUAGACGCGAAGCUCUGACCGCGCUGCAGCUGCGCUCUUCGUCCUCCACUCUCAGCUGCGCCUGCUCUCCGUCUCCGUCCCCCGCUCCCUCUCCUGGGGACGGUGGCAAGGGCAGCGCCCGCCACCUGUUCGACGUAACUUCUUUAAUAGCACGUUCUGUUGCGAUCCAAGAAAAGAAUCUUUUGCCCUUCCCUCCGUCCAUCCUGAAAUGUGACUUCUCCAUUCUCUCCCCUGUUGUUCCAUGGGAGCCUGAUGAUAUAUGGAGAAUAUACGCAGGGUAUUUCUUCGUCUUGCAUAUCCCCUUGAGCUUUGGAGGGCUUGGUGCGGUGGCCAAAGUGCUAAAAUGCUCCUCACUCGACCCAAUGACAACAGUUAUUUCUACAGUCUUGCUUCAACUAGUGGAGCUCUCUUUGGCCUUAGCACUACUUCAGUACACUGCAAUGGCAGGCAAUGAUGUUCAGGCUUUCUUUGCCAGUAAGGUUUCUACACGGAAUUGGAUAAAAGAAACCAUAAUAGGCUUCACGGUUUUGAUGAUCUUGGUAUGGAUCACAUCUAUCUUGGCUGACAAGCUGGUAGGAUCUGAGGAUGCAUAUGAUCCUAUAUUGAAAGGAAUCCUUUCUGACAGUCCAACUUCUAAGCUACUGUGUUUCUUUCUCUACUGUGUUAUUGCUCCACUGUCGGAAGAAACAAUCUACCGUGGGUUCCUUCUAACAGCCCUGUCUUCUUCCAUGAAAUGGCGGGAUGCUGUCGUGAUGAGUUCACUUGCCUUCAGUGUAGCACACCUCUCCGGUGAAAGUUUCGUUCAGCUGUUUGUCAUAGGGUGCAUUACUGGGUUAACUUAUUGUCGAACUGGAACUUUGGUGGCUUCUUUCACUAUCCAUUCUCUGUACAAUGCGGUCACAUUGUAUAUGGCUUUAGCAUCAUGAACAUUGCGGGCUAAAUGAAAAUGCAGAUUUCUUUUACAACA